CGCUUAGUACAGUGCUCUGCACACAGUAAGCGCUCAGCAAAUACUACCGAAUGAAUGAAUGCCCGGAGCGGACCCCGCUGCAGCCCAGAUGGAGGUGAAUUGCUUAACACUACAAGACCUGAUCGGCCCUUGGCAGUCCAGGUUAGAUUUCCAAGCCGAAGAUGGAGAAAGUGCCCAAAAGGAAAACAUAUAUGUGGAACGAACCAGAACAGUUCCGAAGACCCCAAUGAAAAGCGAGCCGAUCGAUCUGUCAAAGCAGAGGAACUGCACCCCAGAAAGAAAUCCAAUUACGCCGGUGAAACUUGUGGACCGAUCCCAGGCUGAGCCAUGGACCCCAACGGCUAACUUGAAAAUGCUCAUUAGUGCUGCUAGCCCAGACAUGAGAGACCGCGAAAAGAAGAAAGAGCUGUUCAGGCCAAUUGAAAACAAGAAUGCGGCCUUCUCUGAGUCUCAGCAGCUUGACAUUGAAGGGGAUGGAACUGCAGAUGAAUUUGAAAAGCAGAGGCCAAGCCGGAAGCAAAAGAGUUUAGGACUUCUAUGUCAAAAGUUCCUAGCUCGCUACCCAAGUUACCCCUUGUCAACCGAAAAGACUACUAUUUCCCUGGAUGAAGUUGCUACUAGUCUUGGUGUCGAACGGAGGCGCAUCUACGACAUUGUGAACGUCCUGGAGUCCCUGCACCUUGUUAGCCGUGUGGCCAAGAACCAGUACGGCUGGCACGGGCGGCAUAGCCUGCGCCGGACGCUGAAGGGUCUCCGGAGGCUGGGCAAGGAGCAGAAGUAUGAGGAGCAGAUGGCCCUUCUUCAGCAGAAAGAGCUGGUUCUGGUGGACUACAAAUUUGGAGAACAGAAAAAGGAGGUCUUUGCUGAUGCCCAAGACUCAACGUUACUGGAGUUUUCAGAUGCCUAUUGUUCCUCGUGCUCCGCAAACAGCCGCAAAGACAAGUCCCUGCGUAUUAUGAGCCAAAAGUUCGUCAUGCUGUUCCUCGUCUCCAAGACUAAGAUUGUGACUCUCGAUGUAGCAGCCAAAAUUCUGAUAGAAGAGAGCCAAGAUGCAGCAGAUCAUAGCAAGUUUAAAACAAAGGUACGAAGACUGUAUGAUAUAGCUAAUGUUCUGACCAGCCUGACGCUAAUAAAGAAAGUGCACGUAACGGAAGAGCGUGGCAGGAAACCAGCAUUCAAAUGGAUUGGACCUGUAGACCUCGGCACAGAUGAUGAUGACCAGCUCCUGGACCUUCCAACAUCUGCUUUACCCAAACUGAAGAGCGAACUGUGUCCACAGGACCUGACGUGUGCAAAACAGAGACUUGCCCGGCAUUCCUCUUUUAAUGCUGUUCAGGCUUCGGAAGGGAUCAAGAGGAAAGCAAGCUCUGAGCCCAGCAGCCCUCACAGAGAGGAGAAGCGAGGUUCAGAAGAAUUCUGCUCGAAAAUUGCAAAUUUUUCAGCAGCCUGCAGACAGAAGAUCAAGCAAUGUCCAGAGAGUGAAAGUUCAGUCACUGAAAAACUGACUCCAAGAAACAUGGACCCUAUUCCUUUGUUCCCUAUUCUCCCCCUGGACUCAGAACUUUGCCUUAACUCUUUACCCCAUCAGGUGUUUUCGGUUGCCCAAUCAGACCUGCCCCAGGUCUCUCUGUCGAACAGUCUGAACGGGCACAUAGCUGUCCUGCCAUCAUCGGCGGCAUCCGGACUCGAGACUGCAAAACCUGCUCUGCUCAACAAUCAGCCUUUUGUUUAUGUCCCCUCCGCUUCCCUCUUUAUGCUGUAUGGAAGCCUCCCAGAGAGCCUCUCGCCACUCACCGCCGGCGCAGAACGAGGCGGUAGAUAUUCAGACCCUGAGACAGAGGCCACGGACCCGCCACCCACUUCCCCCACGAGCCCUCCGAUACGUAGCUGCCGUGCCUGUGUGUCUCUGGAAGCCAACGAGCCAGCCACCAAAAGGCAGACCGAUGAGCUGGAGGAUGGUCCCCUCUCCCUGGUGCUGCCCAAGAAGCCCCCUCCCAAGAAACUCGGUAGCACGUAUUCAGUACCACUAGAAAAUGCUUGUCUUGGCCUAGAAUCUUCCCCUACUGAUGAGAUUUCAGAAAAGGCUGCAGUCACAUACUCAGAUAUUCACGAACCGGGAAAUCCGUCAAGAAGCAUAGAAGACCAUGGAAAUUCCACAGAGGAGCAAGGAAACCUUCACCUGAAAAAUCCAUCUCUCCCACAGUAUCUGUUUGUGCAGUCUGCAGUUGGGCUAAAUGGUCUUAAUUUCCUGCUUUCGACAAAUCAGACCCCUGCUACUGUUGGUCCGUCUAUGAGCCAGUUGACCUCCUUAAACGUCCCUUGCAUGGUGGUGCCCUCUACAGCCCUGGCACCCUUCCCUGUGAUCUAUUCUCCCGCCAUCACAAGCGCUCUUCCUUCUGCUGGUGGCCUUCCUAAUCCCGGAUCCUUGAAUUUUGGUAUGCCUGGUCUGGCACCCACGGCUCACGUUCUCAUUGGCAACACAGCCGUGGUGAACCCCAAAGCGGCCCAACUCCCGCCUGCUGAGCCCCAGCCUCGCGCUCAAUCUCCAGUCCACCUGAGCCCGGUGUUGACAAGAUCUCGUAAUCCUGUGAAACCAGAUUCUCCCAUUUGCUUGGGACAGCCGGUCACGAUUGUGAAAUUCCCACAGUCACCAGCCCCAUUGACACCCGAGAGUGUUCGGCCCAGACAGCACGAGGCAUUUUUCAAAACCCCUGGCAGCCUCGGAAGUCCUGCCACCGCCUGGAGGAAAACUGAAGGCAGCCAGAUCAGAAACACCAGCUCUGCCCAGAGAAGGCUGGAAAUCUCCAGUGGGGCCACUGAUUAACUCUGCUAGCCCACGUAAGGAGGAGGAGAGCGGUCGUGGGACUUUCAAACUGGUUCUAGAAGACGGGCCUUGGCCUAAUGAAAUGAAUACUAUGAAAUGUCAACUCGCAGCACAUAACCUUCCUCUUGUUUUUUCUCCCUUUCCUCUACUGUUCACUUUUUCUCCUCAUCAAUCACCAACACCACCACCCCCAACCCCACCCUGCUUUGUGACUCACUAUUAAUUGUUUAUCCAAUCCCAGUUUGGUUUCAAACCCUGUGCACAGUGCAACAGAAAAAGCAUUAACUUGCCUUUGUGGUUUCCACUUGAAAAAUGCCUUCUUGCUAUAGGGAGACAGGGAUAAGACUACUGGAGUCUUGUGGUUUUAAAAAGGUGAGCUAUCCAGCACUUAACUAGGGUAAAAAUUCCAUGCUUUACAUACAUUCUGCUGAGUCUGAGUAAAUCUGUGGCAGUCUAAUUUCCUUUCUGUAGUUCCCCAUGGCAAUGCUUUCUUGGCUUCAGGAGGUCAAAGUCAGCUUCGGUGAUGCAAUCUAUUCUAUUAUUUAUUUUGUUCCUGGAAGGGAUUUAGAGCAAAAAGUUUACAACUACAGAAUAACAGAUUUUCUCAGGGUAUGACUACUUGAAUGUUUUUUUCCUAGAAUUUGCCCUGCACUUACUCUACAAAUUCCUGGUACAUGGGGAUAAAAGUCUACCUGUGAAAAAUUAUUCAGACCAAAACAACUGUGAAGAGUACCAUAGAAUCAGUUCUCCCUCAGUGUGUGUUUUCGCUACAUUUUGGGUAGGAUGCCAUUGGAGAAUUAGAAAGUGGCCUUACUGGUAAAGCACAUCUAUCUGGAUAGAACACAGUGUGAUGUCAGCAAGAACGAGGUCAGGGCAUAAGUAUUUAAGGUGCCUUUUGGCCUUAUGUUGCGGCUCGUCAAGAAUGUAGCCUCGGAGUUAGUAAGGA